AUGAAUUUCCUCCGGAGGCGUCUCUCAGACAGUAGUUUCGUGGCAAAUUUGCCCAAUGGCUACAUGAUGGACUUGCAGCGCCCCGACAACUCCACGAGCUCCCUGGUUUCUCCUGCCAUGGAGAGAAAGCAUCCUCAGCCACCACAGCCCUCACACUCUUCCUCUACUGGCACCAGCAUCUUCAGCUCCAUCUCCAGUGCCAUGAAGCAAACCACACAAGCGGCCGCAGGACUAAUCGACCACUCAGCGAGCCCCACACCACCUGUGGCCCAGAAACCCAAGAUCCUCCUGGUGAUCGAUGAUGCGCACACGGACUGGGCCAAGUAUUUCCAGGGGAAGAAGGUGAAUGGAGAAUUUGAUAUCCGAGUGGAACAGGCUGAGUUCUCCGAGCUGAACCUGGCUGCUUACGUCACGGGCGGCUGCAUGGUGGACAUGCAGGUCAUGAGGAAUGGCACCAAGGUGGUAAGCAGGUCCUUCAAGCCAGACUUUGUCCUGAUCCGGCAGCACGCCUACAGCAUGGCGCUGGGAGAGGACUUCCGCAGCCUCAUCAUCGGCCUCCAGUACGGUGGCAUCCACACGGUCAACUCUCUCUACUCCAUCUACAACUUCUGCAGCAAACCCUGGGUGUUCUCUCAGCUCAUUAAAAUCUUCAACUCGUUGGGUCCUGAGAAGUUCCCCCUCGUGGAGCAAACGUUCUUCCCAAGCCAUAAGCAGAUGCUCACAACUCCGAAUUUCCCUGUAGUGGUCAAGCUGGGACAUGCACAUGCUGGAAUGGGGAAGGUCAAAGUUGAGAACCAGCACGACUUCCGGGACAUGGCCAGCAUAGUAGCCAUGGCAAAAACCUACGCCACCACCGAGCCAUUCAUUGACUCCAAGUACGACAUCCGAAUCCAGAAAAUCGGCAGUAACUACAAGGCUUACAUGAGGACGUCCAUCUCUGGAAACUGGAAGGCAAACACAGGUUCCGCGAUGCUAGAACAGAUUGCAAUGACAGAGAGGUACAGACUCUGGGCAGACGCCUGCGCGGAAAUGUUUGGAGGUCUUGACAUCUGCGCUGUCAAAGCUGUCCACAGCAAAGACGGAAAAGACUAUAUCAUUGAGGUGAUGGACAGCUCGAUGCCCCUGAUUGGGGAGCAUGUGGAAGAGGACAGACAGCUGAUAGCCGAUCUGGUUGUUUCCAAAAUGACUCAGCUUGUCAUCACUGCUGGAUCUACACCAUCACCGCUGAGGCCUUGGCCUCCACAAGUUCAGCCUGCGUCAAUGAAAUCUCAGACUGGACCUCAGCUUGGACAACUGUCCCAACCACGGCCUCCUCCCCAAGGUGGGCCACGCCAGCCUCAGGGAUCUCAGCCUCCACGGACAAAUGCACCUCCACAGCAGCGGCUCUCUCCACAAGGACAGCAGCCCCAGAGUCCCCAGUCCACUUCACCUCAGCAGCAAAGGUCACCUGGAUCUCCACAGCAAGUCCGAUCAGCAACGGGGUCCUCUCCAGUCCAGGCUUCCAAGGCAGGCAUGUUCCCUCCACAGCAGCCUAGACCUCCUGCUCAAGGCCGGGCUCCUAGCCAGCCAAGCCCCACUGAGACGUCCAAGCAGCAAGCCACCCCACACCCGCAUCUGAACAAAUCGCAGUCCCUGACAAACACCUUCAGCAUAUCCGAGUCAUCUCAGCGGGGAAAUGCCAAUGAGGACGAAGCAAAAGCUGAGACCAUCCGCAACCUGAGGAAAUCAUUUGCUAGCCUGUUUUCCGAUUAA